AUGACUAUUCCAAAGAAGGUGAUCGCAGUGAUUGGGGCUACAGGUAGCCAGGGAGGAUCAGUGGCCCGAUCUCUGGCAGCCAACAGAGAUUUUGAAGUGCUAUGCAUCACACGGGAUAGCUCCUCCACGAAAGCAAAAUCCCUCCAAGCACUGGGGGUUAAAGUGGUUCAAGCAAAUACCGAGAACCUGCCCGACUUGCAAUCGGCUCUGAGCGGCUGCUGGGGGGCCUAUGUUAACUAUACCGUCUUGAAAGUCGGCAAGACUAUCUUAGCGGCCGCAGAGGCUGCCGGGGUAAAACAUAUGGUCUUCAGCUCCGAUCCAAACACGGCGCUACUCACGAGUGGGCAGACUUCGAUUGAAGCCAUGGAUGUCAAGGCUAGGGUAGAGCGAUGGGCCACGACAAACUUGAAGUUUGAAACGUUUACGCCUGUUAUGGCUGGGUGGUAUCUGGAGAAUUUCCAGUCCCCAGAACUCGCCCAGUUCAACGGCGGGUUCCCUCAGAAAGCAGAUAGUGAUGGAUACCUGACCUGCAGAUUUCCGUUCUGGGGCGGACGUGAAGAUGUUCCUUGGAUUAGCGUAAGUGAUGACUAUGGAGAUCUAGUCCAUGGUGUAUUCCUGAACCCACUCCGGUGGAAUCUUCGUGUGAUUCAAGCUGUUGGGGACCCAAUGUCUUUUGGCGAAUUGGUCCAGACGUUCUCCAAAGUAACGGGAAAACUCGCACGCUUUAUUCCCUAUCUCUCUCCUUCGGAAUUGGACGGCGGUCUCGAGGGGGGAGAAGCGAACAUGUUCACAUAUUGCCAGCUCAGGGAGGGCGAAUAUUACCCUAACGGACCAACCGAGAACAGAACCGCUGCCCUUUUGAAGAAAGCUGCGUUCAAGGCCAAGGGGAAUACCGGCCGGGAGACUUUGAUGACAGUCCAGGAGUGGUUCGAACGGGAAUAUACCAAGUGAAUUGAGUGUGGUAUGGGAGAAAUCUGAAAAGAAUUUACUUUCCCUUGGGGUUUUGUAUUGAGCCGUCGCUGUCUUGCGUAUGAUAAAGGGCCUUCAAAGGGACAUAAUCCUGCCAAAUA